CCAUUCGGAGAGUCACUUGGGGCAGAAUCAAAGAAAUCUCGUUUGUUUUUCUUUCUUUCUUUCUCUCUCGCGCGGAGAGUGACGUCACAGGGACGCACAGAUUCGGGAAGGAGGUUUGAAGUCAGCAUGUGCGGGGGCUGCGUGAAGACGGAGUACCCACCUCGGGGUACUACUUGCUUGGAGAAUGGAUCCUAUUUAAUGAACUAUGUUGGUUGUAUUGAAUGCAAAACACGGGAUUUUGUGAUGAUUGUGAACAAAGCAACAGAAGAAGAGGAUGGAGAGGAAAUUAUCACUUACGAUCACGUAUGUAAGAAUUGUCACCAUGUGAUAGCCAGGCAUGAAUACACUUUUGGUGUGGUGGAUGAUUACCAGGAAUACACCAUGCUAUGCAUGCUCUGUGGGAGGGCAGAAGAUUCUAUCAGUAUCUUGCCUGAUGAUCCUCAUCUGAUGACGCCGUUGUUCUGAAGUGCCUUGAUUUGAUUUUUCUCGGCCAUUGUAUCGUGUACUAAAUGACAGAAACUUAUGGAACAUGACAUUUAAAGAACACAAAUGCUGACUGCUCAAUUCAUGUGGGAAGUCAAGUGGUAUCAAGUGGGUCAAAAAAUGGUAUCUUAGUUUACCAUCAUCAGAAGUGAUUGCAAGCUAAAGGAAGAGGGAGAAAAAGUUUCAUUUGCUGAAAGCUUCAUAGAAAAGGCAGAACCGCUGCCUGCUGCUUUUGGUCUUUUUAAAUGUUUUCUACAAGUCAGAAUGCUGUGGUCAGUGUUAUUGGCAUCGUAGGGAAUGCUGUGUUUUGUAGAAAGUUUUGGAAAGGAUCAAAACAGGGGGACCUUUUUGUGACUCUCUACCCCACUGCAACACCAACCGGUGCCCCCAGUUUUCCUAUUUGAAAGUGGACUCCCCAAAAGCAAAGAAUUCUGAUUUGCAGGAAAUGCAAAAAAUAUAUAUGAGAAACUUUAUUGUUAUUGCAAAGAUGUCAGGGGGAAAUGGACUUUUCCAAAUCCAUCCAGCACACCAUGUAGAAAUAGAGGAAGAGGUAAGACCAGGCUAUUUGAGGGACUGCCUCAUCCCACUGGGAGUGGCCCAUACCACUCGUGCCGAUAGAGAAUGCAUGCUGUGGGUCCUCUAAGCCCAAUUCCGGCUGGCAGGGUCCAGGAGGAGGGCCUUCUUUGCUGUUGCUCCUGCCCUCUGGAAUAUCUUGUCCCCCAAUGUGAGGUUGGCCCCAACCCUCCUAUCCUUUUGUAAAGGCCUAAAGAUGAGGCAGAACAGUGCAAUGGAGGUAGUUGGUUGAGUAAUAACACCUGUCUUCUAUAUCAUCCCCACGCUACCCUUGUGUCCUUGGUUUUAAUGGCUGAUUUUAACUCUUUAUGUUUUAGCUAUAUAUAUAACUGAAAGCCUCCCAGAGGUACCCUAUUAUAAGAUGGGCAGCCAAUAAAUUUAAUUAUCUCAGAGAAAGCUUUAGAGAAGGAUAGAACUAGUCAGGGUUUUUCUGCUGUUUCUGUGCCCCAAAUGAAAGAAGGUUCAGUUUCCCUUCCAAAUUUUCCAGAACAUACGGUUGACCCAUAGGAUAGUCAUGUAGCUUCACGCUCAUUAGAA